GUGUGUGUUUUGCGAGUCAAUUAUAUAGUUGUGUGAUAUAUGUUUUCGAUAGUGAGUUUACCUCGUCAGCCUCAAAAAACGAUAGACUAUUUGUUGGUGAAUUUGGGUGCGAAAUAGGUCCAUUCUUUUAAUGGUCUAAGAUUCUAAAACUUCUACUUAUAGCCUCUACUCCAAUCCAAUCUAUCAAUCUGUGCUCUACUCCUACUAAUUUGUACGUUACUCUAUGUUUGUGAUUGUAAUUGUAAUUUGUAAACAAAAGUUGAGGUUAUAUAUGCACAUUGCACAAUGUAAAUGUAAUUAUUACUAAUUUUUAAUAAUACGAAAUAAAUAUCCUAACGAUAAUAUAGUGUCUAAAUUGCUAAUUAUGUGGCGCCGGUAUUUAAUGUGGUUUGCGCAGGAACAUGUCGAUUUCAGAUAUGCAGAAAUGCAAAGCAUAUUGUCACUGUUCGAAAUUCCCAUAAAAUACAUCGAGAAACCCUGUCAAAACAAACCUUAUUGGGUGGUCGAACUGCCGUCAGAAGAUUGCGUAAAAAAGAUCGCGUCACGGUCAAUUUUAAUCAAAACCUGUAUAGAAUUAUGGGCUACAGCAAAAACAGAAACUGGAUUGCACGAAAACCUAAGGAGUUCCAUGAACAACCUUUCAGGAAAAUGGUUAGGUACAGAUAUAUCGGAUAAUAGCGAGUCACAUAUUUCUCCAAGUGAACUUAUAGAGCGGUGUUGCGAGGGCGGUAAAUCGUUUAAAAUCGAAGUUGAGACUUUCUGUAAACAUUUCACUAUGAAGGAGAAGGUGGAUAAAAUUGAGAAAUUCAGUUACCUACCUCUAAAAGGCCAAGUGAAAUUAAACAAGCCAGAUGUAACUCUUUCAUACAUAGAGUUUUAUGGUGUAGACCCCAACAAUGUGCCUGAACACCCACAUCAUUUGUUUUUUGGCAGAUGGGUAGCGGACGGGCAGCGCGACCUCAUCAAAGUGCACUCGCUGAAGAGGCGCCAGUUCAUCGGCAACACGAGCAUGGACGCGCAGCUGGCCGUCAUCAUGGCGAACCAGGCGCAGGUGGCGCCGGGCCACGCGGUGCUCGACCCCUUCGUGGGGUCCGGCUCGCUGCUAGUGGCUGCUGCACAUUUUGGAGGAUAUGUGUGGGGUUCGGACAUCGACUUCAUGAUGCUGCACUCUCGCUCGCGGCCCACGCGCGUCGGACAAAAGGUUCGUACCAAGGAGGAAAGUAUAAGAGGCAACAUGGAGCAGUACGGCACUAAAGACAAGUACUUGGACGUGGUGGUGAGCGACUUCUCUCUGCCGCUGUGGAGGGACGACUUGAAGUUCGACGCUAUCAUCACUGACCCACCAUACGGAGUGCGGGAGCCGAUAGAGAAGAUCGGCAUAGAGAGGCAGAACUACACGCUGUCGGAGCAGCACCGGAGCAACCACAUCCCGGCCAAGGUGGAGUACAGUCUGCCGCGCGUGUACAGCGACCUGCUGGCCUUCGCCGCGCGACACCUGGAGAUGGGCCGCCGGAUAGUGUGCUGGUACCCUUUGGUCAGAGACGAGUACGACGCGGAGCAGCUGCCUUCGCACCCGUGCCUGCGGCUGGUGAGCAACUCGGAGCAGCUGCUGUCGCGGCUGACGGCGCGCCGCCUGCUCACCUACCAGAAGAUCAGCGAGCGCGCACCCGCGGCGUGCGAGACGGAGCACGCGACGCUACACAACUUCAGAGAGAAAUACUUUAACGCCGGAGAAGUGAGCAGAAAGGAGAGGAAAGAGAGAAAGGCGAAGGAGUUGAUCGCCAACGCGUAUUGGAUCGAGCAGAGCAAAUGUAAAAAUAGUAGAGAUAUUAAUCUUAAGGAAUAAAUUAUACAAAAGACAAUAA